AAUGAUAUUUACGCGUUACGUGGGUCAGGCUUAACGCGGAUAUUUUCUUGCAGAGUGGCGACGGGGAAUCCCGUAGUGUUCACCCUGCAGCCACCGGAGUGUUACAUGGAAAUCAGAUACGGUUACGGGACCACUGGAACUAGAGUGGCUGGACCAGUUCGCGUCGGCGAUCCCCUGACUCUCAUUAUCUACAUGCGCAGCAAAUACGAUGGUUUCGACAUCGUCGUGAACGACUGUUACGCCCACAACGGCGGGAACAAGAGAAUCCAACUGAUCGAUCAGUACGGAUGUCCGGUGGAUGAUAAAUUGAUCAGCAGAUUCCGUGGAUCCUGGUCGGAGAGCGGUCUCUUCGAGACGCAGGUUUUCGCCUAUAUGAAGACGUUCAGGUUCACUGGCUCGCCGGCUCUUUACAUCGAGUGCGACGUGAGAAUGUGCCACGGGAGAUGUCCGAGCCAACCGUGUCAUUGGAGGAACGCCAAAAACGUGGCCAAACGUUCGCUGCCGGAGAUCGCUGGCUCGUCGACGCCAGCCACGAGUUUGUCGGAGAACGUCAAUCUAUUCCAGUCGUUGCGCGUUCUUCAGGAAGGCGAGGCGGACACCGAGUUCUUCCAGAACUCCACCACAGCUUUCCGAAGUGGACCUAGUGAAUCGACGAACGACAGAGUAUGCCUGAGAUCGACGGUUCUCAGCACGAUCAUCGGAAUCGGUUGUGGCUUCGUUUGCCUAAUGGCAGGGACGAUAUUAGCAAUGUGCUCGAGAAUUCGAAGACAGGCUAGGGAAAAGCUUCUGUCCGAUAGUAUAAGUUACAUGACUCAUAAAGGUAGGAUCAACUAAUGCGCGGCCUCUUGAACGUACAUGCGAGUAUAUUUCCUCCUCACCUUCUUCUUCGCGACGGCUCUGUCGGUACGAGUGUAUCGAGGGAAAUCACCGAUCUUCUCAAUCGGUAACUAAAGCGAGGACAAUCACCGUGUUUGUAGGACUCGGUCGGUAAUGGCGUUGGGCACAAGCUCGAUCGGUAAAAUUAGUCGUUUGUAUUUCCAAUCGAUGGUCGACAAGAGCGAAAAAAUUACGCUCACGAGAGUACUUGAUAAUUGUGCAUUUUGGUUUGUGUAAAGUGUGAGAUGAGUUGUAAAAAGUAAGUAGUCAAAAAAAUGAAUAAAAUUAGGAAAGUAUAGAAUAAAGUAAAGGAUAUAUAUGUAUAUUGUGAUAAAUGUGAUUAGGCGUAGAUUUUUUACUUUUUCCUUUUUUUAAUAGCCGUCGAUGAACGUUAA